AUGGAUACCAUAUUAGCCAAUGCUUCACAGCUGAACCCAGUACUACUCGCAACCGACGAGGAUGAAUACGAUGGGGUCGCCAGAGAUGUUUUACAAGCUUUGAAAAAGAUCCAGAUGAAUGAUGCGAACAAGAUCUUAGAAGUGCUCGAACAACUUGACGCAUCCACAUUGACGAUACCAUACUUCUACCUCCUGCAUGGCCUACUCGAGAUCUUGUCUCCCUCCAACAAGCCAACGUCCAGAUCAGUACAUCCAGCUUUGUUGCCUGGAGGAAAAGCGUGGGCCGUGAUCACAGAAGGCCUUCUCAACUUUGACCCCAUACAGAUUAGAUAUGUUGGACACCAGCUAAGCAGGAUCGUCGAGGUGGUAUACUAUGGCGCAGAACAAUCGUCAAAUUUUGUGCCAGCUAUACAAGUAUUGCACAGCGUCAUACUUGGACUUGACCCUACCUCGUCAACCCUGACUGUCACCCACUACUACUUCGUCCAAGCAUGUUCGUAUACACGAGCAUACGUAGACGCAGCCUCAAUUCUCGAUCGACCAAUAUAUCACGUUCCCACGUCAGAAUCUAUGAAACCCUUGGAAAAGAGAUUGGCCAAGAACUUCUGCUCGGCUCAUGAGUCUAGCCUAGCCUACAUCAACCCACAAAGUGGUCUGUCUGGCAGGAUCACAUAUAGAACAUACCUCGAAUACUAUCUAUUGGGGGCUUUGUGCUAUAUUGGUUCAUCGCAAUGGAGAAAGGCAAAAGCUUUUCUAGAGGUCGUUCUUGCCACACCAACACAGCAGAAUGCGGCAAGCAUGCUCAUGGUCGAGGCUUACAGGAGAUGGGUUCUGCUCUGUCUUAUCAUUGACGGCGAGAGCCAGCAGCCACCAAGGGCAAUCAGCGCAAACGUACUGAGGCAUGUGCGAACGAUAGCCAAGCCGUACGAAUGCAUCGCAGAUGCUUUCAAGACUAACAACUACGAUACUCUGACUGCUGAAGUGCAAGAAGGCCUUGACCAGUGGACCAACGAUGCCAACUAUGGUCUCAUGAGCGAAGUCCUGCGUGCCUUCAGCAAGUUCUCCGUGGUUCGUCUCGGCAAGAUCUUUGCGGCUCUACCAAUCGAAGAGCUUGCACGACGUGUCUCGCCCACACCCGAAAACAUGCCAGGCUUCCUUGCCUAUAUCCAAGAACUCAUAUCGACAGGCGACCUCAAGGCCGAAAUUACCUCUGCAGAAGGAGACAGUCUUGGCACUGUCCGAUUUCUGCCACCCUCAGCAGCUCAGAAACCUGAGCCCCAGAUCGAACAGGAGCUUGCCGUCAAAGCAAGAGAACUUCAAGACCUACUUAGACACGUUGCCAACUACGAUCACCAACUUGAGGUCAGCAAGGACUAUCUGGACUGGCUGCAAAAAGCAAAGAAAGCCAGAGACCAAGAAAAGAAGGGAAAUGUGCCGGUGAAAGUUCCUGGUCUCAGCACAGGUGAUGUCGAUGAAGACAUGAUGGUAGAUUAUUGA